AAUGAUUUUCUUUUUUUGUAUUUUCAAAUAUUUAAGAAAUUUAUUCAAAAUUUGCCAUGGUUUGAAACACCGCUAAAUGUCUAUCAUGGAACUUCACCAUUCAUUGGUACAAUUAAAGUUAUUUUUUAGGCAUUUUUUCGCUGAUUAUUCGUGACGUAUUUUUGUUUUGCGUGGUAAAUCCAAUCACAACAUUGAAAUAAGUUUAUUGAAAUGUAUAAUAAUUGGCCAAAACUGGAGCGGAGUCCCUGCUCCUGGGACAAAAUGAAGGCUGAACAGGACGACGAUUCAAUUGACGAUGAUGAUCAUAAAUGUUACCUCUGGCGUCGCCGUGCUAAAUCCGAAUCCCCAACUGAUGUUUAUGAAGAAAAGCGGUCGUUUUUCCCCCAGGACAACAGCCAUGUCAAUGGAUCCAAUGGUCUGGAGCAGCCGAAAAGCUCCAAAAAAAGCCCCCAUCAGCUGCAAAGGACUCAGGUGAGCCGGGCUCGCUUUAUUCUGGCCAAGAUUGCCAAGAACGAAGCGAAGGGCAGAACGCAUCCGAAUGAUGCGCGUGACAAGGUCCGAUGCCUGGCUACGGUCGAGAAGUUCGAGAAACACAAACGGGAGAAUCCCCCGGCCUUCCAGCUUCCAAACCCACAACCGAAGCAAAAAGGACCGCCAGUGAAAAGGCGCAGAGCGGCCAAAAGGUCAAAAGUUGGUGGCCCACCUAGGACUAAGAUGUUCAAUGAGGUGGUCGAGGACAACCUAGUAAUGGCCUUGGUGGACGAGCUCCACGAUGAUGGCCGUCUGCUGAACGAAAAGUGGGAGGAGAUUGAGAGCAUAUUGGCGGACAUGGUGACCGACAGACUCAUGGCCGUGCCACAGGGUCCCAUCCCGUCCUUCGACUCCUCCGAAGUGAUCCGUGGUCACCGGGUGAUCAGGUGCGACGACGGGUUCUCGAAAAUCUUCCUGGCAGAGUGCGUGUCCCGUAUUGGUGACUCUUGGAAUGGCCUACGUAUCAGGCUCGUCCAUGCCAGCCAGAUUCCCCGGAGACCUCAAGCUCGCAUCUGGUUGCCCAAGGGGCAAACGGAUUACACGAGGGUUAUGAGCUGCCUCAGAGCUCAGAAUCUGGACGUGGAUAUGUCGGACUGGGUCAUUCUCAGGGCAGAGGAAGUCUUGAAGGCAAGUCAGCCUUUUGUGUUGCUCAUAAACCAGCGUUGCCUCCCGCAACUGGAGGCCUCCGACUACAAGGUUCGCUACGGCAUCAGAAUGGCCAAGAUCAAGGUCCUUUUAGCUGAUACCGAUAAGGUAUCAGAGGAAGACGACGAGAUUGUGUCCUGGAAACGUGAAGAGAACUUCCCAAGUUCCAGUAAAUCUCGCCGUUCUUCCAGAGAAUGACCUCGACACCCACAUACUAAUAGUAUGCUUAGACUAGAGGCUAGAAAGCCUCAGGUUUAAGGCCAUCAGCAUUAACCAUAAUAUACUCAAAGUCGGCCACAAGACUAAGAGGAUUUAAGAAACUAUAAUAACUUUAAGAACUCGCUCAAUUUUAGGAAAAAAAAUCCUGAAGCGGACAUCCACGUGUUUUAUUUACAUUUAUCAAGGAACCCUCAUAUCUUAUCAUUUACUUUAAAAGAAUGUAUUCUAUA